ACCAACUCAAAGUAAACAGAUUUUCACUAUACUACCCAGUACUAGUAGGUACUACCUAGGUAGUAGACACCAAACUUGCACAUGUAUCAACCUCUAAUGUGAAGCCCUCGAAGAGAGGCACUGCGAUACCCGAGUUCUGCGGGGUGAUAACAUAUCGAUAAGAUAAGGCUCGCUUACCUUAGUGCUUCGCAACCGGUGAUUCGCCAGAGAAGCGAUGCCCGUGUUUUCCAGCAAUGGCAAUCAGAACCUCGAUCUGAAAAACAGCGACAAAGGUCACCACUACAAUAGGACAAAUCGGUUUAUAGAAACUUUUUGACUUACUGCUGCCGUGCUUAAUUUUGACGCGAGCUGCAGCACUGCGUCUUUGUCAAAAUGGCAAGCCUCAAGAGAUCACUAGACACUGACCCCUUCGCGUCCAACAUCUCAAGCAAGGUCUAUGUGAGAUCGACAAAGAGCGGCAAAGUCCAGAAAAUCGUUCGUGAGGUUUACCUCCGCCAAGACAUCCCCUGCUCGUCCAGGCUCUGUCAAAGAUGUCUCAAUACUGCCCCCAGGGAUGCUGCAGGCCGAGCCACUCCGUUUGUCCUCUCAGAGGCGCCCGCCGGCACCAGCGUAUUCCCGCAUGGCCAUUACUUGGUGCCGGACACCAACGCGUUCCUGACCGCUAUGGAUCUCUUUGAGCAGAGCUCGGCCUUCUACGAUGUCAUUGUGCUGCAGGUGGUCCUCGAGGAGUUGCGCAACCGCUCGCUGCCGCUGUACAACCGCCUCAUUGGCCUGACCAAAAGUGAAGACAAGCGGUUCUAUGUGUUUUUCAACGAGUUCCGUCUCGAGACCCAUGUUGCCCGCCAGGGGGGCGAGUCGGUCAACGAUCGCAAUGACCGCGCCGUCCGCAAAGCCGUCGCUUGGUACAACCAGCACCUGGCCCGGACCGGGGCAAAGAAGGUGCCGGCCGUGGUCAUGCUAAGCAAUGAUCGCGAUAACCUGCGCAAGGCCAAGCAGGAAGGCAUCCACGCAUGCUCUCUGUCCGAGUACGUCCGGCAGCUCAAGGAUGGCGACGCACUCCUGGACAUGAUCCCGGAGAGCGAGGACCAGGAGAGCACUAUCAAGGAGAAGCGGGCCGGUGAACCCUUAUAUCCCGAGUACUUCAGCAUGUCCAAGAUGAUGACGGGUGUGAAGAGCGGUUUGCUCCAUCAGGGCAUCUUCAACGUUUCGCCCUACAACUACCUCGAGGGAUCAAUCAGGGUGCCGGCAUUCCCCAAGCCGCUGCUCGUUCUUGGGAGGGAGAAUAUAAACCGUGCCAUCGACGGCGACCUCGUUGUCGUGGAGGUGCUGCCUAAGGAUCAGUGGAAGGAGCCGUCGACCCAGGUGAUUGAGGAAGAUGCCAUCACCAAGAACGAGAAUCCGGACGCUGAGGAGACGGGGGACUUCGUGUCCGAGAAGGAACGCAAGGCGCUCCAGGAGGAGGUCAAGCGAACCCACAGCAAGACGACAGAGGGGCAUGCUCAACCGACUGCGAAGGUCGUUGGAGUGGUGAAACGGAACUGGCGCCAAUACGUCGGUCACAUCGAUCAAUCUUCGGUCAGCCAAUCAUCGCAACAAGGUCGCAAGCAGGAUACUGUCUUUGUCAUUCCCAUGGAUAGGAAGAUCCCCAAGAUCCGUCUACGCACACGACAAGUGGCGGAACUGGUCGGAAAGCGAAUCCUCGUCACCAUCGAUGCAUGGGAUCGCAAUUCCCGCCACCCGACCGGUCACUUCGUUCGGUCCCUGGGCGAGCUGGAAACCAAGGCUGCGGAGACGGAAGCGCUGCUGCUAGAGUACGACGUACAGUACCGGCCGUUCCCCAAGACCGUCCUCGACUGUCUGCCCAAGGAAGGCCACGACUGGCGGGUGCCGGCGAGCACGGACGACCCGGGAUGGAGAGACCGGGAGGAUCUGCGAGAUCUUCUCAUCUGCAGCAUCGACCCUAUCGGCUGCCAGGAUAUCGACGAUGCGCUUCAUUCCAGGCCGCUCCCCAACGGGAACAUCGAGGUCGGCGUGCACAUCGCCGACGUGUCCCAUUUCGUCAAGCCCAACACCGCCAUGGACGCCGAGGCAAGCAUCCGCGGCACGACGGUAUAUCUGGUCGACAAGCGUAUCGACAUGCUUCCGAUGCUUCUCGGCACAGAUCUGUGCUCUCUGAAGCCCUACGUUGAGCGCUAUGCCUUCUCCGUUCUCUGGGAGCUGACGCCCGACGCAGACGUUGUGAAUGUAAGGUUUACAAAGUCCGUCAUCAAGUCUCGUGAGGCAUUCAGCUACGAGCAAGCACAACUCAGAGUCGACGACCACUCGCAGCAGGAUGACCUCACAAAGAGCAUCCGGACCCUGCUCGCGCUGUCCCGAAAGCUAAAGCAGAAACGGUUAGACGCGGGUGCGCUGAGUCUGUCGUCUCCCGAGGUCAAGGUGCAAAUGGAGUCGGAGACAUCCGAUCCCAUCGACGUGAAGACCAAAGAGCUGCUCGACACCAUGUCUCUCGUCGAGGAGUUCAUGCUUCUCGCCAACGUCAGCGUGGCCCGCAAGAUCUACGAGGCUUUCCCACAGACCGCCAUCCUGCGGCGACACGGCGCCCCGCCCAAGACCAACUUUGACGAGCUCGCCAACCAACUGCGCGUCAAGCGCGGUCUCGAGAUAAGCGUGGAAUCCUCGCGUGCCCUCGCCGACAGCCUCGACGCGUGCGUCGACGCCAACGAGCCCUUCUUCAAUACCCUCGUCCGCAUCAUGGCCACCCGCUGCAUGAUGGCGGCCGAGUACUUCUGCUCCGGCACGCAGGCUUACCCGGAAUUCCGCCACUACGGCCUCGCCAGCGAGAUCUACACGCACUUCACGUCGCCGAUCCGGCGGUACGCCGACCUGGUGGCCCACCGCCAGCUGGCCGCCGCGAUCGGGUACGAGGCCGUCAACCCGAGCAUACGCAGCCGCGGCCGCCUCGAGGCCGUCUGCAGGAACAUCAACGUGCGGCACCGCAACGCCCAGCUGGCCGGGCGCGCGAGCAUCGCCUACUAUGUCGGCCAGGCGCUCCGCGGUAAGGCCACGGAGGAGGACGGCUUCGUGCUCAAGGUGUUCAGCAACGGCUUCGUGGUGCUCGUACCGAGGUUCGGCAUCGAGAGCCUCAUCAGGUUGCGCGACCUGGCCGAGCCGGAGCCGGCGGCAUCGUACGAUGCCGAGACGUACACGCUCACGACCAGCGGGAGCAGGGAGGUUACGGUGGAGCUGUUCCAGAAGGUGCGGGUGCGGGUGACCGAUCAGAAGGACGAGACCACAGGGAAGAGGGGCGUCAAGAUGGAGCUUGUGAGCGUAUACUGAGGAAUCAGAGAUGUUUUUGUCCCGGCAGGGCGGGCUUUAUGCAGAAUAUGACAAGAAGGUACCUAGGUCUCUUAGGGGCAGUUACCACAAGAGCCAAAAAUAAAAGAGAAAAAAAUAAAAAAGCACCUCAGUCGAGUUGGCAAGGUU